CGUGAGACCCCACUGCCACCAAUUUUAUGCAGGCAACCUCAAGUCCUGAUUAUGUACCUGCUACUUUCAGUUUUCAGAUUUUACCUACAUUAGGGUGUGCACGGAACUGGUUUCUGUCCCUUCUUGGCCCUGGUAUCCGAGCGCGGACACCUGGGGCUGGGCAGGCGUUCCCGGGUGCUCUGGACUGGCCCGGGGCCGAGCCGGGGGAGGGUCCCCAUGGCGCAGCCACUUGCCCCGGGAAGGUCCUCGGCUCGGUCCGCGUUCGGGAAGCCCGGGGCGGUGAGCUUCAAGGACGUGGCCGUGUACUUCUCCCCCGAGGAGUGGGGGUGUCUGCAGCCGGCUCAGAGAGCCCUGUACCGGGAGGUGAUGCGCGAGACCUAUGGUCUCCUGCGCGCGCUCGGAGGCGGAGGCGCCAAGCCAGCGCUCAUCUCCUGGGUGGAGGAAGAGGCAGAACUGUGGGGACCCGGUGCCCAGGAUCCAGAGGUAGCCUUUUGUCCGACAGAAGCCGACUCAGAUUGCAGACAGGAAGAAAGGAAGAGACCAAGGGAAGAGUCUGAGGCAACCCAGAAGACGUUUUCUACACAAGCUGGGCCGAAGGAGCCUAACCCCUCCUUUGCUGGACCCCCUCGCAACUUGGAGCUGUUGUCCAAGGACCCUCACCCCCCUCUUGGUGUCCACGCCGCUGUCCCAAGAGCAGAUCAGCGUCAUGGCUGCCAUGUGUGUGGGAAGAGUUUUGUCUGGCGGUCCACAUUGGUGGAGCACCUGUACACUCACACUGGUGAAAAGCCGUUCCGUUGCCCUGAUUGCAGCAAGCCCUUCGGUCGAGCUUCCUCCCUGAGCAAGCACCGGGCCAUACACCGAGGGGAACGGCCACAUCGCUGUCCUGACUGUGGCCGGGCCUUCACACAGCGCUCUGCCCUCACCACCCAUCUGCGAGUCCACACUGGGGAGAAGCCCUACCGCUGUGCUGAUUGUGGGCGCUGCUUCAGCCAGAGCUCUGCGCUCCAUCAGCACCAGCGGGUCCACAGCGGCAUGACCCCCUUUCCUUGCACAGACUGUGGCAGGGCCUUUGCCCAUGCCUCAGAUCUUCGGCGCCAUGUGCGCACCCACACGGGUGAAAAGCCUUACUCAUGCCCUGACUGUGGACGCUGCUUCCGCCAGAGUUCUGAAAUGGCAGCCCACAGGCGGACCCACAGUGGCGAGCGUCCCUACCCGUGCCCUCAGUGUGGCAAGUGCUUUGGCCAGAAGUCCGCAGUGGCGAAGCAUCAGUGGGUCCAUCGGCCAGGAGCUAGGGGCCAAAGGGACGGAGAAGCCAGUCAGUUAUCUAUAUCCCCGGCCACAGGCCAAGGGGGCCUGGAUCCACCUGUGGACUUCAGGCACUACCCAGAGAUAUUCCAGGAGUGCGGGGAAUGGUCUUGAAAGCUCCAACAUAGAAGGUGAAAUACACACACUGUCGGAAGCCCAGAGGCUUGAAUCUCUGGCAUCCUCCAGAAGUCACAGAAGUUCUAGCGAGGGCUGGUCCUGGGGACAGAGUACAGUCUUGUGGGUGAUUACCAGAAGCGUUUGCACACACACACCAAUCCCACCGCCCUAGGCUCUGAGUCCACUGGGCUAGGGUGGGAAACCCACUAGAACUCCAUGUGAGAGGCAAGGGCAGUUUUCCGGCUCAGUAGCAUUGAAGGCUUGAGGUGGAAGAGAACCUUCUUUAGUCCACUGCGUCUUUAAUGCAGAGGCAUUAAAUUAAUUAAAUUAAUGCGAAUUGAUGGCUCUGUGUGAACCGAGCCAGCUGCAUUUUCAGGGGUUAUU